CUUGAAUUCGUGAUAGAACAGCUUAUUGAUACCUUCCUCAGAAAUUGCAUUGUAAAGUUUGUUCUUCCCCGGUUUUGUAGGCUGCCCCGUCUGCCUCCCUCUGCCAUCGACCAUUCUGUAACGAACACGUCACUGCGUCCACUAGACCAAAGCAAAGUAUAUAAAUAAGACGCUGUUCAUGAAAUUUCAUCAUACCUGGAGAACUCCUCUACAUGAAAGGAAGUGCGAUUAAAACUAAAGAUAUUUUUAAACCACAAUAAGAUUAUAGAUUUGAUGCCUGAAAAUGGUGAAUGUUGUUAAAGAUGAUAAGGAUAUUAUCAAACCUCGCCCAUAUCAAUUGGACUUGGUGGAUUAUGUUAUGGAGAGAAAUGGCAUAAUUUAUCUACCAACUGGAGCUGGGAAGACAUUUGUGGCGAUAUUAGCUUUGAAAAAAUUCGCCCAUACAUUGCAAAACACAAUUAAAAAUGGUGGCAAACGUGCGAUUUUUAUGUGUAACACCGUUGAAUUGGCCCGACAACAGGCAGAAGAAAUUCGAAAAACUACCAAUCUAAAAGUUGGCUUGUACAUUGGAGAACGUGAUGUCGACAAUUGGCAGCGUAAAAAAUGGGAAACCGAAAUAGAAGAUCAUCAGGUUUUCGUUGGUACCGCCCAAAUUUUCGUUGACAUUUUAACGCAAAACUUGAUUAAAGUCUCCGAUCUAAGUGUGGUUAUUAUUGAUGAAUGCCAUCAUGCCACCGGCGGUCAUCCAAUGAAAACAUUUCUAAGUGUUUUUCCUCUACAGCCAACGGAGGGUCCUCGCGUAAUUGGCUUGACUGGUGUUCUAAUCAAAGGCAACAAGCUGGGCAAUGUUAUAGGCGAAUUGAAGAAACUAGAAUCAACAAUGCGUGGGAAUAUAAUUACGGUUCGCUCGGCCGAGGAAAUGCAAAAUGUUAUGGUCUACUCCACCAAACCCUUCGAAGAGAUGGUGUCAUUUGGAUCUAAUCGCCAUACCUUUAGGGCAGAGGAUAAAGUGAGGCAAUUGGUUGAGGAAUGCAAUACUUUUAUUGACAGCUGGAGCAUUGGCGCAGUGACCCUCAAGAUGUCAAAAAACCUAAAUAAGUUACGUGAACCCAACAAAAAGAAUUUUGCCAAAAAUUUACUCAAUGAUUUCAUUUAUCAAAUGAAUGAUUUGGGUCUAUAUCCCGCCUCCAUAGCCAUCAUGUCCCUCAUUAUAGAAUUCGAAGUGAAGAAGAAACAAGCCGAAACCAUCGCCUUGCGGAACAUGUACCGAAGAAUACUGCAUGACUGUGAACGUAUACGUCACAUUAUUGUCAAGGAACUCAAAGAUAUGCUGGACGAAGAUGACACGGCUGCUGCAACCAGCAACGAUAGCUGUAUAAAUACUCUGCAUGUUAUUCAAAAUUAUUCCACACCCAAACUGCGAUCUUUUUUGGGCUGCAUCAGCGAUAAAUUCAAGAAUAAACAAGCCAAAGACAUUGCCUGUUUGGUGUUUGUCAAUCGGCGUUACACAGCCAAGUGCCUAUAUCAUGUUGUAGCACGUUACGUGGAACAGUGCAAAGAUUUGCGUGACAUUGUGAAACCCCAAUUUAUGGUGGGUCGUCAGAACAUCCUGGCCUCCAUUGAAAGUUUAUUGGAUGCCAAGUGGCAAAAGUCGGCCAUAAAAGAAUUUCGCGAACAUGAAUGUAAUAUGAUUAUAUGUUCCGAUGUCCUGGAGGAAGGCAUCGAUGUCCAGGCAUGCAACUAUGUGUUUGUAUUCGACCCCUUGAAGACAUUCAACUCGUAUAUACAAACAAAGGGUCGGGCGCGCAGUCAAAAUUCAUAUUACACAAUAUUCACCCCGGAAGCGAAUAAAGUGGUACUUGUCGAACAAAUUCGCAAAUAUCGUCAAACUCAUGAAGAGAUUAAAACAUUUUUGAUAACACGCUGCUUGGAGCGUGACGAUCCGAGCGAAAUGGAAAUUGCCGAGCAGUUUGUGGAUUUGAUACCGCCCUAUGUGAUACCCAGUGGUGCAAAGCUAUUGGCAGCCUCAGCAUUGGCUCUGUUGAAUCGUUAUUGUGCAAGUCUGCCGUGGGAUGCUUUUGGUCAAGUACUGCCAUGGUAUACGAAAUUGCUGCCAAAUAAAAAAGGUCAGAUAGCUGUAUCUGUGACAUUGCCUCUGCAGUCUACGGUUCGAGAAAUAAUAUGUAGCGAUUAUAUGAACACUGCCAAAGAAGCAAAAAUUUCGGCAGCUUUCAAGGCCUGUGUUCGACUCUAUGAAAAUGGUGAGCUGAACGAUUUCCUUUUGCCCAUCACCAAGAGGGAAUGUAUUGAAAAAGUUUCAAACCAUCUUUUCCAACAUUGGCAGAAGUUUGAUGAUAGCGUUUGCCGCAAAGAAGUUGGCAAGCAGCAGGUGCGAAUCUAUCAACGCAAAUGUCCCGAAGAACUUUUUAAUGCCAUGCCGGCGCCGGGUGUCACAUCAUAUGCCUAUGCCAUAGAAUAUGCCACCGAGUUUCCAUUGAAUUGCUAUAAUGAACAUAUUGACACGUAUUUUAGACAGCCCACCACUUAUGCUAUCCUGUCCAGCAAACCGCUGCCCAAAUUAGCGGAGAUGCCCUUGUUUAUGUCCCAGGGGAAAAUACGCAUUAAAAUCGUGGAAAAUCCCAUAACCGUUGUUGUCCAAAGUGAACAGCAACUGAAGCAACUGCAAAACUUCCACACAAUGAUAUUCAAAGAUAUUCUGCAUAUUUGGAGAGAUUUUCUUGUGGUGGAUCAUAGAAAUAGGGAUUAUUCCUAUUUGAUAGUGCCGCUAAACGAACAGCAAACAAUUGAUUGGUCCUUGGUAAAUCGUUUCCCCCAACUGCAGGCAAAACGGACAGUGGCCGAAAGAAACAAUGCCGCUCUCUACCGUCCACAGGAUUAUCUGGAUAAGGUUGUUACGAAAUGGUACAGCGAUGCGGAACAUGAAAAUUUCAUUGUAACAAAAAUACGUGAUGACCUCACACCCGAGAGUCCAUUCGAUGGUGAAACUUAUAAAUCCUAUGCAAAAUUCUAUGAAUCGCGUUAUAAUCUCCAUAUAGCUAAUCCGCGGCAAUUCCUGUUGGAGGUGAAACCAUUAACACAUCGUCGAAAUUUCUUCAAUAAUGCCAGCAAUAAAAGCAGUGAAAAACGAAAGGAAACCAAUCGCAUUAUUCUAGUGCCAGAAUUGUGUCAUAAUUAUCAAUAUCCCGGAAAUUUGUGGUUGAAAGCCCUGCUGUUGCCCAGCAUUUUGCAUCGCCUUGUCCAUAUGUUACAUGCUGAGCGUUUGCGUCGGCGCAUCAAUCAAUAUUUGGGUUUGGAACGUUACUUUGGCGACUAUCGGCCGCAGCCGUUGAUAAUUGAUGUAUCGCUGAAACGAGUUCUGGACGAUGAUGAUAAUGUGGUGCGAGAAAAGGAGUACAAAAAAUCCAUAGCUUCCCUACCAACCAAGGAGCCAACCAAAGACUAUCAAGUUCAAUCACUGGAUCUAGAUGACGCGACCACUUGGAAAUCUCAUUUGGAACCAGUCGACCUGCAACGACGUCUCGACAAAUCCUAUCCAAUUGAAAUUGAUUACUAUCAUAAAUUCAUAUCGGAUUUUAUAGAGAAAUUGGAAAACAUGAAAUUAACAGAAGAAGAGAAAUGGACCAAAUGUCAACUGGAUGCCCAUGUUCCAAUGAGAGUUAAUAGUGGUGGUGGUGGCGGUUCCAACUCUUUGGGCGAACAACGUUUGUCCAUCCGGGACACUCCGCGCCAAGAUAAGACCAAUAUAAAUAUAUUGAAAUUGAAUUUUGUGGCCGACAAUCAGCUCAAAUCAGCUGAACAAUAUGAAUUUUUGGCUGCCCUCACCACGGCCGGUGUUAACGAUGUUUUCGAUAUGGAACGUUAUGAGCUGUUGGGUGAUGCCUUUCUCAAAUUCUCCGCUUCGCUGUAUUUAACCAAUAAAUAUACAACCUGGAACGAAGGUUAUCUGACCGUCAUUAAAAGUCGCAUGGUCUCCAAUCGUAAUUUGCUCUAUUGUCUAAUGGAUACGGAUAUUUGUCAACGCAUUUGCAGCGCCCUGUUCAAACCAAACUCCGCCUGGCUGGCCCCAUUGUCUAGUUUACCCUCAAAUCUGUUGGAUUUGUUGGCAAAAUUCCCCGCAACAGCGGUGGCAAUGUUGGAACCCAAAGAUUUCUAUAAUCUGCAAUUGACCGAGACGGAAAUGAAGACGGGCCAAUGUUCGGGCGAAAAACUGGAACGUUUUGCCCAGGCCUGUGUCCGCAAUCAAAGCCUAUUGGCGGGCAAUGUCAAUGUUUCACCGGAUAAUGAAAUCAACAUGUAUGCCUAUCAAUAUGUGUUGCGGGACAAAGUUGUGGCCGACACUCUGGAAGCAUUGCUGGGGGUUUGUGUGAAAAAUUACGGCAUACAUCGCUCGUUUCGUAUGUUGGAAUACUUUGGCAUAUGCAAAUCGGAGCAGGGCAGGCCGCUGGACAAUCUAUUGGAUUUGAAAUUGAACAGCGCCCAGUUGCGUACGAAUGUCUCGAGAUCGGAGGUGAAUGCGUUUUUGUUGAACGUGGAACAUUUGGAAAAGAAUUUGGGUUAUCAGUUCAAGGAUCGUGCCUAUUUGUUGCAGGCCCUGACACAUCCAUCGUAUCCAACGAAUAGGAUAACAGGCUGCUAUCAGGAAUUGGAAUUUAUUGGUGAUGCCAUACUCGAUAUGUUGAUGACCUGUUACAUAUUUGAACGUUUCGAGAAUAUGGAUCCGGGCAAAAUGACAGAUCUGCGCUCCGCUUUGGUCAACAACAUAACACUGGCCUGUAUCUGUGUACGUUAUAAAUUCCAUUUGUUCCUGCUGUACGAGAAUGGUCAAUUGGGCGAAGCUAUUAAAACGUUUGCCGAAUUUCAAGAGACCCAAGAUCAUCGAGUCACCGAUCAGGUGCGCAUACUCAUGGAAGAAACUUCAAAUGAACUAGAUCCAUAUGCGAAUGAUGACGACGACGACGACGAUAAUGAUCCUGAUGCAAUGGAUGUGUUUGAUGAUGAUGGGCCAAAGGCUUUCCCCGCAAUUAGUGAUGAUGCGACGACGCCAUCUAAAUCAUCACCCUCAUAUUAUAUGUCGGUUAAAAUCGAUGUACCCAAGACAUUGGGUGAUAUUGUGGAGGCCUUAAUUGGUGCCAUCUAUUUGGAUUGUCGCGAUCUGGAGAGAACAUGGAAAGUGAUUUUUAAUCUCUUCGAAAAUGAACUGAAUGAAUUCUCCCGCGAAAUACCCAUUGAUCCCGUCCGCCAAUUGGGUGAAAUAAAACACGCCAAUCCGGUGUAUUCGAAACCCAUAAUUGACAAUGAUACGGUAUUGGUGAAGUGUAUUUUCAACUGUUUGGAUCGUACGGUGACGACAAAUGGUUUUGGCAGCAAUGGCAUUCUGGCGAAGAAAGCUGCUGCCAAACAAGCCUUACAAGUGUUGGCCAAGAAUGCCAAUUAAAAAUGGUAUGGUUGUGAGUGUUUUUUUUUUCGAUUAUGUGUAAAUAUGUUGCUCGUCUACGUCUGUUCCCUGUCGAUAGCAGUAAUUUUUCAAUUGCUUUUCAUUUUUCAGGCAAUUAACGAAAUUUUGUCAGUGUGUCAGCGAUGCUAUUAUACAAAUCGCUAAGACCAAUUUCAAAUAAUUUUUUAAAUUUUAAUUAUUUGAAAGUUACUGAUUUUUGUCGAUAAUCGUAAUAAUAACAUAUUGGUACAAGUCCUGUCAUAACUGAUUGCAGUUACAAAUUGAAAAAUGUA